UAAGCAGUUACUUAAGGAAGUAUCUCUUGGAUCAUGGGCUUCUUGGAUCAUGCACCUUUACCUCUUCUUCCUGCAGAUUUCAAGAUUCGAUUCAAAUAAUAAUACAACUCUUUUAUUAACGUUAUCAACAUCAUUUGAUGUCUGCUCUUCUACGGCAUCUCUGUGGCCCUUCCGAGGCCAUUGCUUCCCCUCUCACUCUCAACCUUCACCUCUACCAAAACACACCACCCCACCUUCCCUCCACAACACAGACACCUCAUAUCAGCCAACGGGACUGAUACUCGGGUUUCCCAACACCACACGUAGUUGUCGCUCCAUCCUGCAUCAGCAGCAGCAGCAGAGAUGGCAAUUCGAUCAUCGCACUUUCUGCCAGUUACUUUAUGUAUAUCUUGUGUUAUAGGAUCGUGUCAGAUAUCGGUAUGUAAUAUCUGGUUAUAGCUGUGUCGCGGAAGUGACUUACAUCACACACCACUCGUUUGCACGAGUGCGUGUCAACGUAUUGCCACACACUCCAUGCUUCUUUCAUGUGCAUAUGGAAGCUUAAGUUUAAUUAUUCCUUCUCCAACACACCAUUUAACUAGGCCCCCACUUCACUUAAUUAGGAUCUUCUCCCUCUCCUUCCCUCUCUCAGUUUCUUCCUUCCAUGCUUCAAAGGGAUACACAAGACAAGGGAGAAAUUAGAGGGCUAAGGCUUCUUCUUCAUAUCUCCUAACGAUCCAGGCCUAUGCACUAUCAGAGCCUUCUGCUGAUGGAGAGAGCUGGAUGGAAGCCCAACGUCGAGAUGUCACCGAGCUGUCCUCGUUGCGGCUCCUCCAAUACCAAGUUCUGCUAUUACAACAACUAUAGCCUCACCCAGCCUAGGUACUUCUGCAAGGGCUGCCGGAGGUACUGGACCAAGGGCGGAUCGCUAAGAAACGUCCCUAUGGGCGGGGGUUGCCGGAAAAACCGAAGGGGAAGGUCCAUAAGGCUAUCAACCGACAUCAUGUCCUCUAAGAGUACAGGCUUCAGGGGCCUGUCAAACCACCCACUCGGGCUGUCUCACGGGUCGAGCUCCUCUACCGGUCCCCCCAACAUCGAUCUCGCACUCGUCUAUGCAAACUUUUUGAAUCCUCAGCCUCCUGGUUCUGAAAAUAGCAGUGGAUCUGAACCUCAAGAGCCCACUAGUAGUAAUGGUGGGCUAAGCAUGGUUCCGUCCGUUUUAUCAGGCAUGACCAAUGGGCCAGACUCGAGUAUCGGGCUACUCGAAGCUGGGAAUGGCUGCAUUUUCGGGUGGGAAUCUCUAUCAGAUCUAUUUGUGGACAAUCACUUGGGCAAAGGUGGUAACACUCCAAUAUUCGAUCAUCCGACAAUAAUCGACUCUCUUCAAGCUUCUCACCAUAGCACGGUAAUUCAACAAUGUGGCACAGACGACAUGAGUUACUACGUGUUACCUCCCCUUCCUAACGAGGAUAUAGUCUUGUCUCAAGAAAUGACUGCACCGUGGUCGGUUACUCACCCUCUAGUGGUCGAAGACCAUAGCCUGCAAGCUCCGGAGCUGCCGGUUCUCGGUCCUGAUCAUCAAGCCCAAGCUGAUCAGGAUCCAAACCUAUUGAUCACUGGCAGUUAAUUACAGAGAUGAGUUCAAUUUUCUCGGGUGAGGAAACUUUUCCAAGGUAUUGAGGCAAAUGUCUCAUUACAUUCUUCUUAUCCAGCAUGUUUCACUUAAUUAUAUACUUAUUCAUGUAUAGGAUAUGUAGAGAAAGACAUCA